AUGGAGGAGGCAAAGAGGAAAGCUGCUCCUCCGCAACCGAUUGAGCUUGAGGAACAGAAAGCGGACGAUGUAUCUAACCGGGAUCGACGAAACCAAGAUCAGUCGCUAGCGAUCUUGGGAGAGACAAGUCCUGGAGUUGCCCGCAUCAAGAUUAUCUCCGACCAUUUCACUCUAUCGACUCGCAUUCUGUUCUUUUUUGGAAUAUUCAUUGUCGCCUACGCUUAUGGAUUAGACGGCACAAUUCGACUCUCUUUUCAGCCGCUCGCUGUUGCAUCAUAUUCUCAACACAGCCUGUUGGCAACGGUGGGUGUUCUGCGUGGGGUUAUUGGUGCUGCUGCUCAGCCAACAAUCGCAAAAAUCGCAGACGUGUUUGGUCGCACGGAGGUUAUUUUUAUAACGAUUGCAUUUUAUGUCAUCGGCACGAUUAUCGAGACGUUCGCAGUAAACGUGCAGUCAUUUUGCACUGGCGCCAUACUUUAUCAGAUUGGGUAUACUGGCAUCAUGCUGCUGGUGGAGGUCUUUAUCGCUGACACGACGUCUCUCCGAUCCCGUCUGCUUUUCUCCUACAUCCCCGCAACACCUUUCCUUAUCAAUACCUGGGUGAGCGGCGAUGUCACCAGUGCUGUUCUCGCUUCUACUACAUGGCGAUGGGUGUGCUGUUUACCUUUGAUUGUGUCUCUAUUCAUGGUCCACAGAAAAGCAAAGAAGACUGGGGCUCUCCAGGAGUACAAAAGCCCAUAUCAGCUACUGGGCGCCCGACAACUCGCAAUAGCCCUAUUCUGGCAAUUGGAUGUGAUUGGCGUAAUUCUUUUGAUUGCAGUCUUCGCGCUUCUUCUCGUCCCUUUUACCCUAGCCGGUGGAGUGACGCCUCAGUGGGAAACAGGCAAGGUUAUUGCGCCGCUGGUCAUUGGGGUGUUCUGCAUUCCCAUCUUUGUUUUCUGGGAGAAGACCUGCCAACAUCCUAUGAUUCCACUUCGGUUGCUGAAAGAUCGCGCAGUAUGGGGUGCCCUCGGACUUGCUAUGAUGGUAAACACUGCCUGGUAUCUCCAGGGAGAUUUCCUCUUCACUGUGUUAGUCGUUGCUUUCGACGAGUCCAUCAAAAGCGCUACCCGUAUCACCUCUGUGUACAGUUUCGCGUCUGCCAUUACGGGUUGUAUUGCUGGGUUAAUAGUAUUUAAAAUUCGGCUACUCAAGAUGAUUAUCCUUGCAGGAACACUUCUUUUCAUCGUGGCGUUUGGUUUUCUCAUCUACUACCGUGGCGGGACAAGUCCUGCCAACCAUUCAGGAGUUAUUGGCGCACAAGUUUUGUUGGGAAUUGCUGCUGGUUUAUUUUCGUAUCCCGCUCAAGCAAGUAUCCAAGCUGCAACCAAUCACGAACACGUGGCUGUUAUCACCGGCUUAUACCUAGCCUGCUAUCACAUUGGCAGCGCGCUUGGAAACGCCAUCUCGGGAACCAUCUGGAACCAAAUUCUUCCGGGCCUUCUCAAGUCCCGAGUUGGCGAAGCGGUCGACGCCGGCACUAUUUACGCCAACCCAUUCAAGUUUGUUGGGGACCAUCCAGUCGGAACACCAAUCCGGGAUGGUGUGGUAGAUGUCUACCGUGGCAUCCAGAGACUUCUCUGCAUUACCGGAAUAUGCCUGAGUGUGCUGUUGGUUGCAUUUGCCCUUGCACUUCGUGACCCUGUGCUGGGCAAGAGCCAGAGUCUAGAGGAUGCUGAGAAGGAGUCGGUCUCGUCUUCCGAGGAGAGCUGA